CUAUAAACAUGGCCGAUAAACUUCGUACUCUCCAAAAUCUUGAGGCUUUACAAGCUCGCUACGUCGGUACCGGCCACGCGGAUACCACAAAAUAUGAAUGGACCUCGAAUAUCAUUCGCGAUAGCUAUGCGUCGUACGUUGGCCACCCACCACUCUUGCAGUACAUGGCAAUCGGAAUGGGCGAGCCCAAAGAGAAAGUUAGAGCUAUGAUGUUGGAGAAGAUGGUUAGAGGAGCAGGGAAUCCGCCGGAGGUACAAGAAUAAUGAUGCGUGCCUCCUACGAGGCAAACGAAAAUUUGUACAUUUGCGAAAUCAUUGCUCCCCGUUGGCAUACCGAUACCCCUGCAGCCGGAAAGUAAACCGAUAAAAGGUCGAACGCUGGUGCAAGCAAAGGGACGACCCAAACUUGCUUAAAACAGCAUUCCUACUACCCUUGGUCUAGCCUCGGGAUGGAGAUUAGCUCGAAAAUGACCGGCAGAAUCUCAGACAGAAAAUACGCACGUCCAUCAAAGAACAAGAAGGUGUGAAGAAACAAACACCUAGCAUUUACGACGAGAGACAGCCUUGCACUAAGGCGUCACCUUGUAUGCUAUCUUUAUCCAAAUCCAUCUGCAGCGACAAUACACAUAGCUGUGCUGUUAUGUAUGUAGACAUCGAAUCAAAUACCUAUCCAGUCUACAGAGUAUACAUAUUCAAUUCACUCAUACAUCACUUA